UGAUGACUCACAUUUCUCUGAGACUCUCUUCAUUUUUCUUCAUUAUUUUUCCCUCUGUUCUUCAUCUUACAUACUCUGUAUUUAUCUAUCUGCAAGUGUGCUUAUUCUUUCUUUUCCAGAUGAAACCUACUAGUUGAACCCCUCUCAUGAAUUUUUUAUUUCAGUUAUUUGCUUGUACAAUUCAAGAAUUCCCAUUUAGUCUUUUUUAUAUCUGUUUAAUGAGACAAAGAAUAUCAAUUGUUAUUAAUUCUUCAUUCUUUAAACAUUCUUUCCUUUAGUUCUUUAACAAUAUUUGUAAGAAAUCUUUGUUAAAUUUAAUCUGGUCACUUUUCUGGGCAGUUUCUUGCCCAAUUUUGUUCUUAUUUAUUGGUUAUACCUUCUUGUUUCUUUGCAUAUCUUAUAACUUUUUGUUGAAAACUUGGUAUUUUGGAAAAUCUAACCAAUUUGGAUGCUGAUCUAAUCCCCCCUGUGGGUUUUUGUUCUGUUCUGUUUUCUGGUUUUUGUUUUUGUUUUUUUGCUGUUGUUAUUUACCUAAUUUUUGUUUCAUUUACAGUGUUAUCUCCCUAAAAUCUCAUAUAUAGAACCUAUCUUCUGGAUGUACUAAAUGACAUUGGGCUAACCUUACGUAUCAUGUUCUGCUUCACUACUUUGGAAAAAGGGUUCCAGCCACAUAGAAUGUUAUAAUCUAUCCUCUUCACUUUGCUACCUCUUUUCCAUCCAUAGGCCAAAAGCAAAAUUAAAAUCAUCACUAAUUAUAUGAAGCCUUUCUGACUGUCACCCUUUUCCAGAUCCUACAUUUAGUCACUCACCCCAACUAUAUUCCAAGAGUAUCAUACGACUAUCUAUAGUACUCUAAUUGCAUACUUUCCUCAUUACAGUGAGUGAGUUCCUUGAGCACAGAAGCUUUGCAGUUUUCUUAUUCCAUCGUUAUAGUCUAGUAAGAGGUCUUGUUAUUAAUUAAUUAAUGUAUUUUCCAUAAGUAAGAUGAGGGUGUGGAAAACAUAUACAGAGAAGAGAUGCCUAAAAAGCACAUCAAUAAAAAUGGUCCUUCAUUCUGAAUAUUAACCUACAUAUUAAAACUGUACCAUUUUAUCUGUCCUACCUUAUGCUUGUACUUGAGCUAAAAAUGUCAAAUAAAGUCUUCCAGGGUCGUCAAGCAGACCAGUCACAGCAACCUCCACUGGACAACAUAACACAAGAAGACAAAUACCCAUCUGAAAAUACGACUUUCUCAGAGAAAACGUUCAGCACAGGAAAGGAAAUCAGCACAUGUAAAUCUAAAUGGUCAUGUGGUGGAGAGAAUUGUUAUCAUUUUUCACAUGAACUGAUGACAUUUGAAGAGAGUAAGAAAUUCUGCAAGGCAAUGAACUCCAAACUUCUUAAAAUAGAAGAUAAAGAAGAACUGAACUUCAUUCAAAGCCAAAUAUCUUACUUCUUUUGGAUUGGAUUGGUCCGUAAAGAAAUCAGCCCUCUCUGGACUUGGGAAGAUAACUCAGCACCCUCUCUUGAUGUUUUUACUUCAAGCGGUUGGAAAGCAUCAAAGCCUGGAGAUUGUGGAAUUAUAACAGCAAAAACGAUAGCUCCUUCUGACUGUUUAAAACGCAGGCCCUGUAUUUGUGAGAAGAAAAUUGCUUGUCUUGCUACCUGA